UAUAAACGAGAUCUAGGAUUCGAAGAAAAAAGCGGUUGCUGGGAGAAUUGAAGAAGUGGAUUUGAAUAAAUUGUCGCGUUUUGCAAAGUGCUCGUUCAUAUUUCAGCAUCGAAUCCGUUGUGUGAUGAUGACAGUGCAGUGUUGUGUGCAAUAUAAUACAAGCGAGGAUAAGAGUGAUCAUAAACGUUUCAUGAUGAAUCGUAUUGAAUCUCACGGAGCAUCACGAGAUAAUGUCAUCGGUUCGGCCUACCCUCAACAACAAGCAGACGCCAUUUUGCAAAACUGGAAAUCAUCGGCGGCAGGUCCGACUCGAAACAAACAUCGUGACGGGGAAUCAAGGUCGCCGGUCCCAGGCAAACCUUACCAAAGACCCGAUGUCACAAAGUCAUCACCAAAUGAGAUGUCAGCCAUAGAAUGCAUGAGAAACGCAGUUCAACAGAUGCAGGAAAAAGUUCAAGCUUCAGCGGCAAAAACAACUCAACAUUCAGCUUUGAACGAUACCUACGUAGACGUGACAUCAUUAUCGUCACCAGCCACCCUUGUACGAGAGUCGUUUCGCCAAAACUGGUUGCCGAAAUCACCGAUGGUGGACGAACGAUCUUCGUCGCCUGUGUCGUCAGAGGGAAACCCCCCUGCCCGCUGUGCGUCAUUAAGCGGCGAGGACGAGACGAGAGAGAAAGAUGAAGAAUUAAGGAAGAUCGGAGAAGAAAUGGAAGAAUAUUCGAACGAAUCAAAGAAGAAUGUAAAACCUCCGUAUUCAUACAUCGCUCUUAUAACAAUGUCGAUACUUCAGUCUCCCGAUAAGAAACUUACUCUGAGUGGGAUUUGCGAUUUCAUCAUGAACCGUUUCCCUUAUUACAAAGAGAAGUUCCCAGCUUGGCAGAACUCGAUACGUCAUAACCUUUCACUGAACGACUGCUUCGUGAAAAUUCCACGCGAGCCUGGUAACCCUGGAAAGGGAAAUUACUGGACCAUGGAUCCUGAGGCGGAAGAUAUGUUCGACAAUGGUUCCUUUCUACGAAGAAGAAAACGAUUCAAACGACAACAGAGAGAUCCGUUCCGGGAUAAUGUCCUUGCAGCUUUGAAUGCAGCUAGCCCUUACGGUCGUCCAUACGGUCUUGCAGCAACACAACAAGCAGCUAUCAUGGCAGCAUCAAUGAAUCCAUAUGCUUACAUGAACCCACUGCCUGCACAUAUACCGUUGCUACCUCCGCAUGAAAUCAACAACAGACAAGCUGCUUUAAUGGCUUUUGGAUCAUCAAGGUUACCUCAGAUGACGACGAAUCAUCUGUGUCCAUCUUCCCCACCCUUCCCAUGCAAUCCAACACUGAGCACGGAUGCGAGAAUCCAAGCCGCGAACUUCGCUAACGCUGUUGCUCUUCACUCCGCUAGGGAAUCCAUUAGAGGGCAGCAACAAGCCAAGAAACUUCCUCGUAAUUCUCCUUUUUCCAUCGAAUCAUUGAUCGGAAAGUCCUCCGAUUCUGCUCCCACAACAUCCGAACACCACGGCUCCGGAUGUUCUUCUCCUUCCUCCCAAACCUCCGGAAGAGAGAACCCGGUUUCUCCCGUUUCAAAACUCAACCCCGGAUUCGGUCCCUGUAUCACUUCGACUCCGAAGUACUCCGGAUCAGAUCGGGAGCAUUUUUUCCAAGAAACAGGAAGACGCGAAUCCGAAGUCCGCGAAUCUGCAGCGGCUGCUUCCCGAAGAAGUUCAGUUUCACCAUCAGACUCAUUAUCCCCUCCCCUGCCGGCUUCACAGCCUUCUUUUCCCGCGUUGGGUAGCCAAUUGAACCCAAUGUUUCCAUACAACAUGGCGCUAAGUUCUCGUAUGUUCCAACAGAACCAAUCGUAUCCACCAAACCCCUCUAUCGCGCAAUCGGCGCAACAGUUAAACGCACUAUCAGCCGCAGGUUUUCUUCCGUCAUUAAACGGCUGGCCUUGUUUUGGCAGAACUUAAACAAAAAAAUGCAAUUUUACGCCAAAACCUCCACAGAAGUGGCAGCUGUGAAACCUGGUACAUUUCUAAGCAAUCAUAAGCUUUAUGUUGCUUACUACACUUCACUCCUUUAGUUAUUAAACCGUAUAUACUUCAGCGUGUUUAAAUGCGACUCUAAUUGGACCCAUUAGCGUACAAUGCAACACCACCAUAUUGAAAAUUAUAUUCCAAACAUAAUACACUGCCAUUUAUACUGAGAUUAUGUAUUAUAUGCAGUACGCAUUCCGCAAUUACUAUACCACACUGUCCAUACACAAUCUCAGACCGUGGUUGUAUCUAUUUUAAGCAUGACACAAUUUUACGUUGUUUUCGUUUUUUUUGACUUUUGUGUUUUUGUUCCGACAAAUUAAAAUUCUAAAC